GUAAUUUUGAAAAUGUUCCAAAUAUCCCAUUAUUUUACAUGUUAUAGUAAAAUGAUUGGCACCCAAAAAAUUUCAACUGCUAAAAUAAUUCUCCAGCCAAUAGAAAAAAUUCUCACAAAAGAAUUGAGAAGACAUUUUUCCUCACAAAAUAAAAAACAUGCCAAUAUUCUACAAACACAAAAAUUUGUACCAUUCAUAGAGAGGGUUGAAAUGAGAAGAGCAGAAGCAAAGAGAAGUAUUAUAGUACAAGUUCAAUCAGCUCAAUCUUCUAAGGAAUUGCAAUCAUACUGUGAUUCUAUAGGAACUGUUCAGAGCAUGUUUCAUUAUACAAGUGGUGUUGAACCUUUGCAUUUCAUCAUUGUUGAAUUUGAAAAGGAGUCAGAUGUAAAGAAUGUUUUGCAAGCCAGUUCUCAGAUAGAUCACAUAGAGGAAACCAUGGCAGUUCCAACCCAAUCACAUUUUCUCUGGUUUAGGGCUUCAAACAGAAAACUAACAAAAUUGAAACAAAAUAAAUCCACCAAAUUGCUAGUUCAAAAUGGUACAAAUAUAGUUGGAGAGGAUGAAAUUAAAGAAAUGUUAACCAAUUGUGAGACUGUUUCAGAUCAAUUGAAAAAAUUACACAAGAUCACAAAAUUGAAUGAUGUUGGGACCAGAUUACGAUUUUUAACUGCUGUACAAGUAGAAGAUGCUCUUUCUGGUAUAUUCCCAAAUGCCCGUGCCUUUCCUUUUGGAUCCAGUGUCAAUGGAUAUGGUAAAAUGGGGUGUGACUUGGACCUUGUUCUGAGACUAGUUAAUGAUAAAAAAGAUAGCAAAGAUUCUAGACUGAUUUUCCAUUGCAAGCCAGUAGUUGGGUCAGAAAGGUUAGUGACACAGAGACAUAUGGAAACUGUGGGUGACUUGAUACAUUUGUUCCUUCCUGGCUGUGGACAUGUUCGUAGAAUACUACAAGCCAGAGUACCUAUCAUAAAGUAUCAUCAACAAUUAACUGAUGUGGAAUGUGAUCUUUCAAUGUCAAAUUUAACUGGAGUUCACAUGUCAGACUUUCUCUACAUGAUGGGGGAAAUAGAUGAUCGUGUGAGGCCCCUCAUUUUUGCAAUAAGAAAAUGGGCCAGUGCAGUAGGACUCACAAAUUUGUCCCCAGGAAGAUGGAUAUCAAAUUUUUCUUUAACACUUUUGGUAUUGGCAUUUCUUCAAAAACCACUUAAUUCUCCGCCCAUACUACCUUCCCUCAAUAAACUAACAAGUCUGGCUGGUCCUAAAGACCAAUAUGUUCUUGAUAAUGGCAUCACCUGUUCAUUCCUGAGGGACCUUCGGAAGUUGAAUACAAAAACACAAAAUACUGAAUCACUGGAGUCUUUACUAUGUGAAUUCUUUGCAUAUUAUUCACAGUUUGAUUUCAAUACAAAAGCUGUGUGUCUGAAUGAAGCAGUUAGCAUAACCAAACCAGAACAUACUGCAAUGUACAUCAUUAACCCUUUAGAAAGGGGCCUCAACGUUAGCAAAAACGUUAGUUUAGAUGAAGUUGAACGGUUCAAAAAUGAAGUGAGAACAGCAGCUUGGACUUUGGAGUCACAGGAAAACAAGUCUAGGAAUUGGGGAUUACUCUCUAUUCUUGAAUCAAAAAAGAGAGCUGUUUCCAAUGGAUCCAUUAAUUCAAAAAAUAAUAGGCUCAUGGAAGUUAGAGCUUUAUUUGACAAAGAAAGACAGGAAGCAAACUUUCAGGAAACAAAUUCUAAGAACCUGUUCAAUGAUGUUAGGAAAGACAUAGUAGAAAAUAUUGAAGUGGAGAAUGGCCAAAGGUAG